GCCAGCUGAUCUCAUUACAUACGUGGAGAGGGGAUCUUCCUUGAGUGGGCUUGGUGGCUCUCCAAAGGGGACCUUGGGAGGCCAUGAAUUUCGAGCCUGCCCCUUACCCCACCUUGCCAUGCUGCCCCGAUGCCUACCACCAGCGGUUUGUGGACCCUCCAAGCCAUUUCUCCUGGAGAGAGAGUUAUUACCGUUCCACUAUGUCACAGGGGUCUCAGACGAGAGAAUACGUCCAUCCAGAGUUUUUUGAGCAGCUCUGGGACAUCUUAGAGCAGCCAAUAUGCUCAAUCCAGCCCAUUGACUUAAAUUUCAUGGAGGAGCCAGUGGAGAAUGGCCCUGCAAACAAAAUUGAAAUUAGUAUGGAUUGCAUCCGGAUGCAGGAUUCGGACAUAGGUGACCCCAUGUGGCCACAGUACACAAACUUGGGGCUCCUCAACAGCAUGGACCAGCAGAUCCAAAAUGGCUCCUCGUCCACCAGCCCAUACAACACGGAGCACGCUCAAAACAGUGUCACGGCGCCCUCGCCCUAUGCCCAGCCCAGUUCGACCUUCGACGCCCUCUCGCCUUCCCCCGCCAUCCCCUCCAAUACAGACUAUCCAGGACCCCACAGCUUUGACGUCUCAUUUCAACAGUCCAGCACUGCAAAGUCGGCCACCUGGACGUACUCCACUGAACUGAAGAAGCUGUACUGCCAAAUUGCAAAGACGUGUCCCAUUCAGAUCAAGGUGAUGACUCCCCCGCCUCAAGGAGCUGUCAUCCGAGCCAUGCCAGUGUAUAAGAAAGCCGAACACGUCACCGAAGUGGUGAAGCGUUGCCCGAAUCAUGAGCUCAGUCGGGAAUUCAACGAGGGUCAAAUUGCUCCCCCGAGUCACCUCAUCAGAGUGGAAGGAAACAGCCAUGCCCAGUAUGUGGAAGACCCCAUCACUGGGAGGCAGAGUGUCCUUGUGCCUUAUGAACCGCCCCAGGUUGGCACUGAAUUCACAACAGUCUUAUACAACUUCAUGUGCAACAGCAGCUGUGUCGGGGGCAUGAACCGUCGUCCGAUUCUUAUCAUUGUGACGCUUGAAACCAGAGACGGACAAGUCCUGGGCCGCCGGUGCUUUGAGGCUCGGAUCUGUGCCUGCCCAGGCAGGGACCGGAAAGCUGACGAGGACAGCAUCCGGAAGCAGCAAGUCUCCGACAGCACAAAGAAUGGUGAUGGUACGAAGCGCCCUUUUCGACAGAGUACGCAUGGCAUUCAGAUGACAUCAGUCAAAAAACGGCGCACUCCAGAUGAUGAGCUGUUAUACCUGCCGGUGCGAGGCCGGGAGACUUACGAAAUGCUGCUGAAGAUCAAGGAAUCUUUGGAGCUCAUGCAGUACCUUCCUCAGCACACGAUCGAGACGUACCGACAGCAGCAGCAACAACAGCAGCAGCAUCAGCACUUGCUGCAAAAACAAAAUUCACUCCAGUCUCAGUCUUCCUACGGCUCCAACUCUCCUCCACUUGGGAAGAUGAACAGCAUGAACAAGCUUCCUUCUGUCAGCCAACUCAUUAACCCGCAGCAGCGCAAUGCCCUGACACCCACCACGAUUCCCGACAGCAUGGGAGCCAACAUCCCAAUGAUGGGAGCACACAUGGCCAUGGCUGGUGACAUGAAUGGGCUGAGCCCAACACAGACAUUGCCCCCUUCCCUCUCCAUGCCCUCGACUUCCCACUGCACCCCACCGCCUCCCUACCCCACGGACUGCAGUAUUGUCAGUUUCUUAGCAAGGCUGGGCUGUUCUUCCUGCGUGGAUUAUUUCACGGCGCAAGGGCUGACCAACAUCUAUCAGAUUGAACACUACUCCAUGGAUGAUCUGGUGAGUCUAAAAAUCCCAGAGCAAUUCCGCCAUGCCAUUUGGAAAGGCAUCAUGGACCAUCGGCAACUCCAUGACUUCUCCUCCCCACCUCAUCUCCUGCGCACGCCUAGCGGCGCCUCAGCCGUCAGCGUGGGCUCCAGCGAGACCCGUGGGGAACGUGUCAUUGACGCUGUGCGCUUCACGCUCCGCCAGACCAUCUCCUUCCCUCCCCGUGAUGAGUGGAACGACUUCAACUUCGACCUGGAUGCCCGCCGGAACAAGCAGCAGCAGCGCAUCAAGGAGGAAGGAGAGUGAAAUGACAACAUAGAGUUCCCACUGCCCCUCAUGCACAUGCACCCAUGGACCUCUUGCCUGUUUUGCUUAUCUUGGAAGGUGUGAGGGGCAUAAAAAGGAAGGGAGGAUUUUACAAGCUCUAAAGUGCUCACUCGCUUACACGUUUACUGUCUUUGCCUUCUCAUGGGCAUUCCCAUGCUUGGCAGCCAUUUUGUAUUUUCUCAUAAGCCAUAACUUUUGUUUGAGCGGGAAGGUGGCCCUUGUAUGGCUUUUGUUUCAUAUGGACUUUGCAUAGAGGAAAGUGAAGUAUGUCUACAGAACUGUGGCUUUCCAUAGUUAUGGCACUUAAUUUUCAUGCUUCCAUUAAAUCCAGUGUACCUCCAUGUUCCAUGGGUUGCCAAGUUAGUGCUUGCCUAUAGUGGGUAGCCUCUGUAUUUUCAUACCCAACAUGGAGAUAGGGAAAAUUGCCUCUUACAAACCUCUGUAUUUUCAUACCCAGCAUGGAGAUAGGGCAAAUUGACUCUUCGAUGCUUUUCAAUGAAUCUCUCUCUCUCUCUCUCUCUCUCUCUCUCUCUCUCUGAAUAUACAUUUUCAAGUGCCUUCAGAAUGUUUGAGUUGUAAAGUGUCUGUAUCACUGUGUUGUGAGUUUUCACAGCUGUAGAUUUGAAUGCUAAGAGGAAUAAGGUACCACAUGGGUCCCAGGUCUAAUUGCACAGUCAUGUACUGUGUUUUAUAUUCUCCUUUUGAACCCUUACAGUUGCAAGAAAUGCCCUGUGACCACAUAAAUGCAUGCAUGGGAAAUCUGCUCAAUUCUGAGACAGAGUUGAGCAGAUGCUUUCAGUUCUCCUGAUCAUUAAACAAAUUGCACACAUGAUCUUCUGGCAUGGCCUGAAUCCACAGCCAUCCUUUUCUGUGUCAUCUCAUAGCUGGCAAGAUAGUUGUGUAAGGUUUGCUUUGCUCCUGACAUGCCUUGCAUCCCCCUCCUUUGUGGUAGAACGGUUUCAUUUUCUACUCCUUUUUGUAGCCUGGUGGAAAUGCCUGUGUAGUACUGCUGCAAUCAUAAGGAAGCUUAGUGUGCAUGAUUACUGUUGGAAAAGCACUUGCCUAGGAGGACCAAGUCUCAUCAUGACUUAGGUCUGCCUAGCUUUGUCAUAAUUGCAUCCCAGAUGGGUGAGACUGUGUUGAAGUCUGUAUAUGGCUGUAAAAUUGCAGGAAGAAUCUCUUGUUUGAAAAUGAAACGGAUCAGUACCAAAUUGGUUGCAACUUUCCUCUACCCUAUCUGCCUGCAUCAUAUCAUUUUUUGCUGAUGGUUGGUCUUUUUCUGAAGUGCCGGGAAGUCUGCCUGACAUCAACCUUUCUGGCAGGGUUUUGGGCAACAUUUGGCACUGUUGAUAUUGCUGGAUUACAAUCCCCAUCAAAGCUAUCCACUGUAACUGUAACAUCUGGAGGGCUACUUUGCUGUAACUGUCAUACAUUGCAUGCCUCUUGCCUUCCUAGUUUUGUGAGAUGUAUCCUGAGUGAUAGGAGGCUAACCAUGGUGCCAGCCAUUGCAAAACAAUUCCCCAUGGAGGCUUACUUUUUUCCAUAGGGCUCUGACUUUCCAUUUCAAUUCAGUCACAUACUGGUUCAUAAAGGUCAGGGGAUGCUGAGGAAAGAAUAGUUUAUCAGCUCUGUGAAAAUCCACAAUGGCAAACUUGCUUGUAUGCAUGUGUGUGUGUUUAGUUGGUCAUUGUUAUACACCUCUUUCUACCCACUCAAGUUAUACAAGAAUCUGCAACCACAAUCUAGUUUCUUUACAUGUCCAUAGAUAUUGAUACCCCUAUACCCCACUGCCUUUUGUUUGCUGACUAAAACACUGACAAUUUCAUGCACAUACAUUCUGCACGCAUUCUGCACAGAUGCGUUCUGUCCAUGCAGCAUGAGACAUUUUUCUUUGUAAAGUUUGUAAGUAUAGAAUGGUAUUGUACCUUAUCAUUUUUGUUGUUGUUGUUUCACAGACAGUUGUCUCUUUUUUAAAAAAGAAAUGGUUAUUAUUUCUCCUUGGGGUAAUGGGCCUUUCAGAACCACAUUUUUGUUGUUGUUUAUGUUUUUUUAAUUUUUUUUUAACAAAAAGUCAUUUUUAUGGGAAAGCCUAUCUGUACAAUAAAUUGCUAAAUGGUGGUAAUGUUCAUAUUAAUGCGCUGCAGAAAUUCGUGAAACAUGUCAGAAGGGAGGAGGACAUGAGUACAACAUCUCUCCCCAGAAGAGGGUGAGACAGACAGGACAGGGUGGGUUGACUUCAAGAGUCCAAGAUUUCAAAGUUAAUUCCCUCAGUUCAAGUAUCACUUAUGACCUGUUAGAAGUAUUAAAUCUGAUGAAACACUCUCUGUUGUCAAUGCCAGUGUAAAUAAAACCACAUCACCGAAG